GACUAGCCCACGCAGGCUCACACCCCUCUCCGGGUCUCUGGACCUGCCCUGCUCACUCCCUCCAGCCCGCCAUCCCUGGCUGAGGCACCUGUUCCUGGUGGCGCAGAGCGCGCGGCCUGAGCAGCGAGGAGAGCGGGAGCCCAGCAGAUCGCGGGAGCCCAGCUUCGCAGCGCACCUGGUGGUGAGCAUAUCCUGGAGGAGGAGAGGACAAGGUUAGGCCCAGGAAUAAUGGAGUCCAAAGAUCAAGGAGUAAAAAAUGUCAACAUGGAAAAUGACCACCAGGAAAAGGAGGAAAAGGAAGAAAAGCCGCAAGAUGCUAACAAAAGGGAGCCGCCAGUGGCCCUGCCUUUGGAAGCUGGCGAAUACUGUGUACCUAGAGGAAGUCGCAGGCGGUUCCGUGUUAGGCAGCCCAUCGUGCACUAUAGAUGGGACCUGAUGCAUAGGGUUGGAGAGCCCCAGGCAAGGAUGAGAGAUGAGAACAUGGAAAGGUUUGGGGAGGAUAUGAGACGGCUCAUGGAGAAGUUGAGGGAAAGGCAGAUGAGCCAUAGUCUGCGGGCAGUUAGCACUGACCCCCCUCACCAUGACCAUCAUGAUGAGUUUUGCCUUAUGCCCUGAAUCCUGAAGUUUUAUCUGAAGAAGAUGAUAUGGGGACCCCUGAUUCCAAAACUUACAUGUUUGUGGUGUACUGUUUUAAAAUUUUUGAGGUUACUUCUUUCAUGUGGAUCUCUUCCUGUUACCAGCUUCUAAUUAGAAUUUGUGUUUUGACUCAGUCUGUAAUUCUUUUGUUAGCAGAAUUUAUCAGUUGCAUGAAAAAUGCAUAUUACAUAUUGUGAAGUGAAUAAAGCAGAUUAAAAAG